CGCCUCCAAGCGGUCAGGUAGGCUGUUUGGAGUGUUUAUCCGACUGGAUAAAAAUAAUAAUAUGUCCCCCCACUCAGGUCUUCAUAAUGUUGGUCCAGUAUUGUAAAAUGAGCCAGUUAGUAGCCUAUCAGCAACAUUGUUUAAGUAAUGUAGGCUAGUACUUUCUGCUGCUGUCUUGCCAUAGUAUAGUUGAUUUGGGGCGUCGUGACGACUCAGCACUAUUUGUCUCUACUACGGCAGAGGCAGAGUGUUCAGAUGGAGUGAUGGAUCUGGUACUUGUAAUUGAUGGCUCUAAGAGCCUGGGACUGGCCAACUUUGACCUUGCCAAGCAGUUUGUGAACAGCAUCGUGGACUCUCUGGACGUGUCCGGCACGGGCACCCGCGUGGGGCUGCUGCAGUACUCCACUAAGGUCCGCACAGAGUUCCCCCUGGGUCAGUAUACCUCAGGCUGGGACAUCAACAGGGCCGUGUCGCGGAUGCAGUACAUGGGCAGAGGAUCCAUGACGGGCGCUGCCCUGCAUCACAUGUUUGAGUACAGCUUCUCUGCCAAGGAGGGGGCCAGGCCCGACAUGCCACGGGUCAGCAUCGUGUUCACCGACGGACGAUCCCAGGAUGAUGUGUCGAAAUGGGCCACUAAGGCAAAGGAUACUGGUAUCACGAUAUAUGCACUUGGUGUUGGUAAAGCCACCGAAGAGGAGCUCAGGGAAAUUGCUUCCGAGACAGAUGAUAAGCAUUUGUACUAUGCUGAAGAGUUUAGCAACAUGGCAGAAACUACAGACAAAUUCAAGUCACGGAUAUGUAAAGGUACCCAAUUAAUAAAACACACUCUAAAAUAACUUUCUUAUUAAAGAUCCAUCACAGCUACACAUUAUUAAUUAUUCCUUAUUACACUUUCCUGCACAGUGCACAAAUCCUCUCAUCUUGAAUAAAUUAUGAAUUCUAUAAAUACAAAUACUGAAUCAAAAAUGCCCCAAAACCCAUCUAAAGUCUUAGAACUAAUCAGAUUGUUUAUGAAGGUAAUGCUUAUAGACUUCCAUAUCAUGUUUUAUACUUAAGAAAUAAGGCCUGGGGGGGUGUGGUAUAUGGCCAAUAUAUCACGGCUAAGGGCG